UUUAACUUUCCAUCUUUCCACUGCGGCGCCCUCUACCAUUGAGUGUUCCCCGCUAAGUGUUCAGCCCACGGCCGAUCGUCUCCGCUCACACUCUACGUUCCGGCUGACGAAGUCACGGCACCACUUCAUCGCCUGCGAAGUGGACUGAGAUCUUGCGAUUUUCAGAAUUAUUAUUAUUAUUAUUAUUAUUAUUAUUAUUAUUAUUAUUAUUAUUAUUAUUAUUUUUGUGCUCGCUCGAUUUCUCCUGGUCGCGUAGGGAACAACAAACUAAGGUUCAGACGUGAGAAAGAAAGAAAAACAAGAAUUUUUUGUAAGAAUGGCAGAAAAGGCACUUCAGAUAUGGUGUUGUGUUUUCUUUAAUAUUGGCGGCAUAGGAAACAAGAGCAGGGGUUGAUUGCGGAGCUAAACAUGAGUGUCAUUUCUCUCACCCCUCCACCAAUGUCGACCCAGAAAGUUUUCAAAACCCUGAGAAAAGCUUUCCUUCCCGAAUCCAAUAAAGAAUCAGCAGAAAAGAUCAUCAAAACCUUAAUCACCUCGGGCAUCAAGCCCCUCCAAGCCACACCAUCUUUGGUCUCCAACCUCAAUUCCCGCAUCACUCAACUUGUUCUGACAAACCCACGUCUCCCAAUACAAUCUUGCUUGGACUUCCACAAUUUUCUGCGGGGAGACCAGAGCCUUGCCUCUCACAAACCUGACAUUGGCACCUAUAUAGCCCUAUAUUGCAGAUUAUUCAGAGCUCGAAAAUUGGCCGAGGCCAAGAAUCUCUUGAAUUCUCUUGUUAUUGAUGAUGAUCUUAGAUACCCAGUUUCGGAAAUAGCCACUUUCGUGGAGGAUUUUUGCAAUGAGCCUAAGAUUACCGCCAAGUUGUUCGAUAUGCUCUUCAGGGUUUAUGCAGAUAAUAAAUUGCUGGAAGAGGCUUCCGGGGUUUUUGAGCAUAUGGUGCGAAAAGGGAUUGAGAUUGAUGAGAGGUCUUGCAUUGUUUACUUACUUGCUCUGAAGAAAUCUGGUGAGGGGAAGUCAUUGUUGGGGUUCUUGCAUAGAAUGGUUGAUGCAGAUGUUCGAGUUUCGGUUUAUUCCAUGACAAUUGUGAUUGAUGGAUUGUGUAGGAGUAGAGAGAUCAAAAGAGCGAGGGAAUUAAUGGAUGAAAUGGUUAGUAGGGGUGUUAAACCCAACAUUUUUACAUAUAAUACAUUGAUUGACGCAUAUAUUAAAGCUCUGGAUUUCAAGGAAGUUGAUGAGAUCUUGAGAUUGAUGGAGAAAGAUGCAGUGGAUUACAAUAUGGCAACAUAUGCAAUCCUUAUUAAAGGGUACUCAAGCAAUGGGAAGAUUGGGGAAGCAGAGAGGCUCUUUGAGGGGAUGCAUGAGAAAGGUAUAGAACCAGAUCUUUAUCUGUACACUGCAAUUAUUAGCUUGAAUUUCAGAUUAGGAAAGAUGAAGAGAGCAUUUGGGUUGUUUGAUGAAUUGACUGAGAGAGGCCUUGCUCCAAAUGCCCAAACCUAUGGGGCUUUAAUUAAUGGCCUGUGCAAGGCAGGGAAGAUGGAGGCAGCAGAAAUCUUGGUAGAUGAAAUGCAAAGCAAAGGAAUUGAUGUAAAUCACAUCACAUUUAAUACUUUAAUGGAUGGGUAUUGCAAAAGGGGGAUGAUAGAUGAAGCUCGUAGGCUUCAAGUGGUUAUGGAGAAAAAGGGAUUUGAUAUUGAUGUGUUUGCUUAUAAUGUUAUUGCUAGUGCGCUGUGUAAAUUAAACCAGCAUGACGAAGCAAAGAAUUUAUUGUUCACAAUGGUAGAAAGGGGUGUGGCUCCAAACACAUUUAGUUUUACAACUUUGGUUAACAUAUACUGCAAAGAGGGAAACUUUAUUGCUGCAAAGCAAGUGCUUCAUGAGAUGGAAAAGAAGGGAGAAAGACCCAGUGCUGUUACUUACAAUGCUUUAAUAGAUGGUUAUAGCAAAAAGGGGAUGAUGAAGGAAGUUCAUAAGCUAAGAGAUGAAAUGGAAGAAAAGGGAAUGAGGCCAGAUGUUUAUACAUACACAUCGCUAAUACAUGGAGAAUGUGUAGGUGGAAAAGUGGAUAUUGCAAUGAAGCUUUUCAAUGAAAUGCCUGGGAAGGGUUUAGUUAGGAAUGUAGUUACUUACACGGCAAUGAUUUCAGGCUUGUCUAAGGAGGGAAGAUCAAAUGAAGCUUUUAAAUUGUAUGAUGAGAUGACAGAGGCAGGCCUAGUGCCUGAUGAUACAGUAUAUUCUGUCCUUGUGGGCAGUCUCCAUGCAGCUAGAUCUUAGAUUGAGAUGGUUUCUGAUGUCAGUUUCUACUUGAUUUUAUGAUUGGAAUGGAUCAGAUAUCCAUGACUUGGCCAUAUGAACUCUCGCACCAUGUUAAGUUAUUAUAGUGGGUGCCAUAUCCGAACAAUUAUUAUUGGGGUAAAGACAAUAUCUGUUCUCCUUUGAAAGGGAAAGCUUUGAUCAGCUGUAAUUUGUGUCACUAUGUUCUUUUGAGCCUUGGGGUGACAAUGACUGCUGCAGAAAAACCCUAAUUUUUGAAAACCAAAAUGAUCGGGGGUAAAUUCUCAUGCGUUUAAUGCAACCGCUCAUCAUAGAUGAGAAUGGACAAACCUCUUAAAGGGGAUGCAGCUGAUAGUAAUGUAAUUCCCUAGAAUUUGAUUGUAAUUUGGCAGGGCCAGAACAAUUGACAAGAAUAUGAUGUCUUGGUUUCGCUUGGUGCCGGAUCUGCUUUGCCUAGCAGUUUUGUUAAUUGAAAUAUUGGUGAUGGAGUUUUUAGAAGACAUGGCAAGUUUUUCCCAAAAAUGGGAAUUAGUACUUGUCAGAAGACAUAUGCUCUGCUACUCAACCGGUGUCAUCCUUACGAUUUUGCAGUCAACUGAAAAUAUUUGAAAAGAAAACAAUCCCAUAACCAGUGGCAGCCCAAGAAAUUUUUCUUGAGCCAUUAUUUAGGUAACCAUUGUGUUUACUUGAUGUCAUUGAGUGCCAUUGCCCUGACUUCUUGAGUUAUCCAGUGCUCAAAUUAUUUGACUGUUGUGCAGGUUCAUGUCAUCUUUGUUGGGGCUUUAAAACACUGUCGAUGGCCAUCUUGUCCAUCAACACCCCAGACACCAUCAGAAGAUUCUAAGCAUACAAGUGUAAUAGUGUUGUCAUCUGGUACAUUCGGUGCAUCCGAGAUUUUGCUCCAUCUUCAUGGUCAGCCAUACUCAUAAAGCAUAGUUUUUCGAUUAUGCUAGGUUUGUGAAAUUAGUAUGACAUUUGAUGAAUUGUAUGUUAACAUAAUGACAAUUGUCUUCAUAUCUAUCAUUGCAACGUCCUCAUUAAGGUUAUGUUGUUUUUUCAUUUGAAGAAAAUCUUCCCAUCAUCAUUCAAGCUCAAAGUGUUCACUUAUUCAUGUCAAAUUGACACGGCAUCUUUCAAGAUAAUGCACAUAUACGGAUUUGCAUUGUAUAGCCAUAAAUGCUUAUGAUCGUAUUUUCUAUCCUGGCUGAACAGCUGGACCAUAUCUUCUUCUACUAGGUCUAAACAAGCAAAUCUGUAUAUGCCCCAAGUCCACGGCUGCCAAGGCAUUUCCUAAGCUUGUCAAUUGCUUGGUUCUCCAACGGCCGGAUCCUUUCUUUAGACAACCCAAGCAUGCCCUCAAUUUCAGACAACAUUUUCUGUUUGUCGUCUAAAAUGCCAUACCUCAGUCUGAUGAUCUGCCUUUCUAGUGGGGAGAGUGCCGAGGAGGUUCCGCACAUGCUGCCUCAUCAUCUGCUAGGCUACGCUCACAAUUGGGAUCUCAAUCUUGGUGUCCGCUGUGAUCUCCUGAAAGGCAAAACAAACUGCUAUGAGCCAUAGCCAUGACACACACCAACAGCAGCAGCGGCCAACAAAAAAUGCUUUCUGUAGCAAUAUUUGUCUAUUUCUGCCUGUGCCACUUGAAAGAAGUGGCAGAUGAUCCCAGCUCAAACAAAGGCCUACAAAGUAAUUUUACAUGUAUCUCAAAAAACAAAUUUGGGUUACUGCGGAUGCAUGCUAGCAAUAAGGUCAUCAACACCUACGGUAACCUUUGCCUCAAAUGACCAGGCCACAAAUUAAAUAUUUAAAUGCAUGUCUUUAGAAGUGACAAGGAGAGGGAUUAAUUAGGAAACUUAUGAUAUGUUUGGUAUGGUGGGGUAGAAUGUAAUUGAUUUUAUCACUUCAUUUUUUCAUCUACAUCAUUCAAUUUUUUAUUUUAUUUUUCAAA